UGUGGUGACUGGUGAGAGCUGAGAUUUGUAAUAUACUCAUCCGUCAGUCUUUACUGUUUAAAUUUUAGUUGUUUUCAAUACUAUUUACGAAUUAUUAAAUAGUCUUUAAUUGUUAAACAAUACUUAUAAAUAUACUGAUAAUAUAAUCAGCAGUUUUGAGGACGUGAUUAACACUUUAUUACACUUCGUAUUCGCGGCUUUUGCGGCAUCCGGUUGCUACUUCAUAUAUACAAAUUGUUUGUACGAGAAGAUCGCAAUAUGGCUCUAACUAACAUUGAAAAGGAAUAUGAAGAUUUUGUAAAGAAGAACUCUUGGUUGCUAAUUUAUUAUAAAAUUUGCAGAGAAGGUCAGCCGCAACAUUUAACUACUAUAGAAGCUAAAAAGCCUCAUAACAAGCACUUAAAUAGGUACAGAGAUGUUAGCCCAUAUGACCAUACACGUGUUAAAUUGAAUCGAAUUGAAAGGGAUUAUAUCAAUGCCAACUAUGUAAAUAUACCACGUGCAAACAGAAAGUAUAUUCUUACCCAAGGACCCUUGGCUGCAACAAUGGGACAUUUUUGGCUCAUGGUAUGGGAGCAAUGUUGUACUGGCAUAAUAAUGUUAAACAGAUUGAUUGAAAAUAAGGAAACAAAGUGUCACCAGUACUGGCCCGGCGAAGUUGGAUCAGAGUCUAUAUAUGAAGAUGUUCAGUUGGCAGUCACCCUUAUUAGUGAACAAAAUAAAAAUUACUACAUACUCAGAAAAUUCAAACUCCAAGAUUUGGAGAGCAUGAACACACGAGAAAUCUUACAAUUCCACUACAUAACGUGGCCCGACUUUAAAGUACCAAAAUCACCAACACAAUUCUUAGAAUUUUUAAGUGAUGUCCGGUCAUCUGGAAUUUUGGACUCUAGUGGGCCACCAAUUGUUCACUGUAGUGCAGGAAUCGGUAGAUCCGGUACUUUUUGUCUUGUGGACUCAACCCUUUUUAGUAUGGAAAGUGAAGGAGUUAACAAUGUAGAUCCUAAGGAAAUAUUAAAAAAUAUGCGGACUCAGCGAAUGGGUUUAAUUCAAAACACAGAUCAAUUCCGUUUCUCAUAUCUGGCGAUCAUUGAAGGCGUCAAAAGAUUUGAUCCUAAUUACAAAGAGGCGCCCAUAGAAGAUAUAUAUUCCGAGGUUGACGUUUCAUCAACAGAAACUUUAAAUAUCGAUCCAUCAUGUGCACCGCCUUUGCCACCGCGGGGAGCGAGUCUCGAAACUCGUCCGUGCUUUGGUCCACUGCCACCAGUUCCAGUGGACUCUACCCAAGAUGAUUUGUGCAGUUCCAGUGACAGCUCAGAAUGUAAUUCCCCGCCUCAAUCACCAUCACGAUUCGGACACCUCAAAGACGAAAAGGAAGAAACAGAGGCGCUGUUCACAAAAACAAGUCAAGAAGGCCCGACAUUAAGAGUAAAAGCUGGGACACCAAAUUUGCGAAGACCUUUGCAGCGACUGCCAACACCAGAACCGGAGAAAAAACCAAAAAAACCGAAAUGGCUGCCAAUAUCUAUUAUUAUGGCAUUAGGGAUCUUCGCAAUUGGAUAUCUUUACGUGUACUAUUAACCUGUUUAUUACACAUACAUUAGUUGAUAAUUUGUGCAAUUAACAUCUAUAUCAUGCAUGCAACACAGUUUUAAGAUUUUAAUGUUAUUAGUUUGUAUCAUAAGCAAUUUUAUAUAUUUCUAUAGAAGACUCAAUUUUGAAUGCCUUUGUGAUUGCUACUCAAUUGGCGGGGGGUGAAGUGGGCUCUUAUUGUCAAAUUGUAUGCCUAUUUGUAGUCUGUCUGUUGUUGACGGCCUUUACUAUACGUUUGAAAUACGCCAAUGUGAAUUCGAUUCGAUCAGAGUCAUUAACAAAAUAAUGUUAAUAUUUACAAUAAGAGGAAAUCAUGAAUAUAUAAUUGGACUCAGUGUAAUUUUUAUGGAUUUUAAAUGGUUGUAUUAUCUGAUCUACAUUUUAAGAUUUGGUAAUAUGCAGAUUAUUUUUGGAAUUUUAUCGUUUGUUUUAGUGUCUAUUACAAAAAGUUAAGUGCGAUGUGUUCGUGUAUUGAUUAAAAAUCACAUACACACUUAUAGUAGAGGAGCCCAAGCGGGGAUUUCUAGUUUUACUACAGCGUGACAGCUUAAUUACAGGAGGAUACCUUGUACCUGGUUAAGGACCUUUACCAAAUAUGAGUCCCAUAUACAAACAAACGUCAAGGAUAAAACAUCGGUUUAGUAAAAAAAAUAAUCAUCAGAAAUGCUCGAGCGCGUCAGAUUAAGGUAAGUUAAUUACAUGCUAAAAAGUGUAUAUUUCACUGAUCUGACAAUUUGCAAGUGACGUAAAGAUAUGGGAGGGCUGCAAAGUUGUGAAAAGUUGCUUUUCCCCGAGCUUAUCAAUCAAUUAAGUUAUUAAAUUAUCGGAUUAGGCGAAUCCCUCCAGAUAAUCGUCAGAUUAUGAGACAUCACUAUCAUAUCUUAAUCUGACGCGCUUGAGUAUUUCAAAAUGGCGAUUUUUGCACAUUCCAAGUACAGCCGCGAGUUUACGUCACAUCCAAAUCGUCAGAUUAUUAGAUGAGAUCGUCUUUUUAGGUUCAACAUACCCUUAGAAAAUCUGACGCGCUAGAUAUUUUUUUUCUCAUUUUUAAUCCUUACGUACGACAACCCCCGUCGUCCAAACAAUGAGAUUAACGUACGUACGUUAUUAAAACUAUGCAGGACAUGAAUGCCAUCAAUAUCUGACGCGCUCGAGUAUGUCCAUGGUUGUUUUUUUUACAUUUUUGAAAAUGUAUAGCCGCCCACGAAAAGGUUACAUUAUAUAACAUUUUAUUAAGCUUCAAUCUUUAUUUGUCUAAGCUUCGCAACUCAAUAGGUCUCUAUAACGCUCGAGUAAAUCCCCAUUUAGCAUCGUGGGCUCCCCUACUAUUAGAAGGAAUGAUCUUUUUAUAUAGUUACUGUCAAACUAUUACACCUAUAUUUAUUUUAGAGAAAAUUAUACACUUUUGUAAUCAUGUAAACAAUAAAUUACUUGUUACAUGUUAAAUAUAACUCUUGUUUAGUUGUGCCCUGAAAUUUUAAUAUUUUUUUAUUAGGGUCUUCAUUAUUCGGAGAGGUGCAUCUGUCAUUUCUUCUUUAUCUAAAGUUAGCGCACAAAAGUCAGAACAUCAACCUUAGCCACGUAUGAACGCACUCUAAUUGUUUACAAGCUGCAGGCCGGUACGAGAUUGCGCGUCAUAUAUAAAAUUCAGUUUUUUAUAUUGUAUUAGGUCGUUAGGUAUGAAAAGCCCACCGCUAACUAUAACGCCAAUGUAUGGACCUAAUAUUAUGAAAUAUCCUUCUUUCCUUAAUUAUAUUAUUUACAUUCCUACAUAAUGUAUCCUAAUAUUAUUCAACAGAUAAGUUCGGGAACAAGAUAUUAUACAGGUCGUCGCGAGACCUUGGAACAUCAAGGAAAAGUACCGAUUUUCUAAAAAUUACUUGUCUCGUCUGGGAAGCGAAACGACUCAAAUGUGAAUCGGAACAUCAAGAUCGUCAUCAAUGGAGCAUGUUCUGACCUUAAACCCGUGAAUGCUGGGGCUGUCCAAGGCUGUCCUAGUCCAACCCUGUUUGAAUGAUGUUGCAACUUAGCACAAAAAUCUCCCUUUGUCGCCACUCCUCUCUCCUCUCUAUGAAGACACUCUCCUUAAACCCUCAGCUAGCAUCGGAAUACUUGGCGUUGACAUAUCGAAUGACGUUCAGUUUCGCGGUUAUUUGGAAGGGAAGGCUAAACUAGCUUCUAAAAAGCUUGAUAUGCUCAGCAAGGCGAGACGGUACCUCACUCCGGGCCACCGCUUACAACUCAAUAAAGCGCAAAUUCGGUCCCACCUGGAGUACUGUUCUCACUGAGCGGGAGCUCCCCAGUACCAGCUUCUUAAUCCCUUGGCGUUGCGUAGAGAUGUGGGGAUGCUCUGCAUCUUCUACCGCAUUUACCAUGAAGAGUGUUCGGAGGAGUUCGGUCUAAUCGCUGCUGAAUUCCAUUAUCGGACUUCAGUAUCACUUAAAAUCAGAAGAGCCUCCUGCCCGUUUGCCUCCUACUACAUUUAAAAAAAGGGGAAAAAAACACCCCUUAUUUUUUGAUGCCAAUCAAGAAAAUGGACAGUACAUCAUAAUUCUCCUUGGGUAACAUAGUAUUUUUAAAGAAAGGAACAUCGUGAAAUUAAUAAUCAUUUCCAUAAAAAUACAUGCAACUGCUGAAGUAAAGUAAUUUUUUGGAAAUUAAUUAAAUUCUCUUGUUUUAUAAAAAUCGCCAAUUCCGCAGCAAGUCCGCAGCCUGUUGAUUUUCUAAUCAUAUUAUGGUGGAUAAUCGAUAUGAUAUGGCUCAAUUCUGUUUGUAACUACGCCCCCACGUUGUCGUAUCGCCUUUAGUAUACGUAUCCCCAAAACACGAAAUCGAAUGGUGUUAGGUCUGGCCGGCCAUCUAAUCGGUUCGUUUGUAUCAAUCCUAGUUGGAAUACAUUGAUUUAGAAACUCUGCUGUUAAUCGACUAUUGAGCCGGAGCUCCUUGUUGGAAAAUUAAGUUGUAGGAGCAAGGACCUACGCCACGGAAAGAUUUCUUAUCUUAUCUCUUCCUGUUCAAGAUUCCUAGGUAAAAAUGAAUCUUGAAAUGAAACCCUUUUUUUAAUUCUGCACCAACAGUUGAGUGAAAAAUGCGUUUCAGUGACUCGUAUGGUCUUUCUUUCUUUAGGUCAAACACGAUUAUUGAAAUUUGACUCAAACAUUUUAAGCUGUUCCUUUAUUUUGAAAUACUAUGUUACUUAGAAGAAUUAUAAAUUUUUUGGCAUCGAAAAAAUAAGGGAUGUUUUUUUUCACAUUUAAGGCGGUUCGAUUUCCAGACAAGUAAUUUUUAGAAAGUCAUUGAAUGCAGUAAUACUUACUUCUAAAAAUAUAAUAGUCUUCUUUCAGCAAAAUAUCCCAUCUACGAUAUUAAAGGUACUUUACCUUGAUGCCCCAUAGUCUUGGGACGACUUGUAUAACUAUAAAACUACUACAUACAUUGUUAUCGAAUUUAUCAACGACUUUUUACUAACAAAGGCAUGUAACACAUAUCCAUUUAAAUUGUAUACUACAACGUAGUUCCUAUACAUUUUAGAUAUCUUUAUUAAUCAAGCGGAGCGGGUUGUGUAUUUAUCUCUUUUCUGUUUUGUGUAACAGUUUGGCAAUCAAAGGUUCUACUUUGCAACCCUCAAGUAAAUCGCCUCUACGUAAUAUAUGUGGGUGAUCUGGCUUAAUUGUAGGAACGCCGACCCACAAUACAAUUAAGUUAUACAUGCCUUUUGUACUGAAAACAUUUAAAAUAAUUAUUCAAUAAAUAGUAUUAAAUCAUA